GUCGAGAUGCUCUCUUCCAGGAAUUUCACCUCUGUCCUUACAGUACUUCUCUUGGCCGCUGUUGAGUCCGUAAAGUUGCCUUCACAUUGGGCCAGGUGCAAGACCGACGUUUCGUUGAACGAAUGUUUGAAAAUAUCGAUACAAAAUGCAAUGAGGGAUUUAGGCAAAGGUAAUAAGACUUUGGGAAUGCAACCUUUGGACCCUUGGAAAGUCAAAUUGUUCGUGUACGACCAUGGUUCUGGUCCUAUCGCCUUGAAACUUACCGUCCGAGAUGUUUCAGUCCUGGGCUUCAAAAACGUCAAAAUCGAUCACGUCAGAACCGACUGGGAAAAAAUGGAAUUGCAAAUCAAGUCGUCUAAGCUGACGGUUUUAGGCAAAUAUGGCGUUAACGGCAGCAUUAUUUUCCUGCCGAUAGAAGGGAAAGGAAACUUCAGGUUAAUUCUCGAUGAUUUUACUACAAAUAUGAACUUCAUAUUUGAAAAAUACACUAAAAAAGGAAAGGAAUUUCUCAAGGUAAAAGAAGCAACGUUUCUUCCCGAGGCUUCAAAAAUUCGGGUCCGUUUGGACAACCUUUUCAACGGAAAUAAGGCAUUAGGAGACAGAAUGAACGAUGUGUUAAACUCCAACUGGCGGUUUAUUCUGGACACGGUACAACCGAUCACGUUGCACUCAUUGGGCGAACCUGCAAAAAUUGUUGCAAAUGCAUUAUUUUCGAGAGUUCCUGCUAGUGAUUUCAUUGUUAAAUGA